UAGGUUUUGCAUAGUCGAGUUAGAAAUCAGUAAUGAUGAGCAAAUUCCCCAUUUCGUUAAUGUACCUUCUCUUGCUUAUUGGUAAAAGUCAUUUUAUGGAAAUUAUUGGAGGAAAAACUGUUGUUCCACAUUCAAGACCAUACAUGGCACUGCUAAUAAAAGAAAGAUAUCCUGUUUGUGGAGGAGCAUUAAUUAAAAAAGAUUGGGUUUUAACUGCAGCUCAUUGUGGAAUAAGCAACAAUUCCGAAGUUAUUCUUGGUGCUCAUCAAUGGCAAGAGAAAGAGAAAACACAGCAGAGAUUUAAAGUCGCCAGAAUAGUCCCACAUCAAGGAUUUAACAAAAGGAAUGGGAUUAAUGACAUCAUGCUUGUAAAGCUUGAUCGAAUUGCUGUGUUAAACAAAUAUGUUUCGAUCCUUCCACUGCCAAACAAUGAAGAUAAUAUCAAGGAUGGACAAAAGUGCAGUGUUGCAGGAUGGGGAAUCACUGACCCUGAUAUCAUGAUACCUUCAAAGGUUCUCCGGGAAGCCAGUAUGAAAAUUGUAAACCGAGAAGCCUGCAAUAAAAAAUACCAGGAAUUCAGGAUUCAAAUAACUAACAACAUGCUAUGUGCGGAGUCAGAUAAGAAAAGUAAAGAUGAUACUUGUUUGGGGGAUUCUGGUGGACCAUUGAUGUGUGGCAAAACUUGUUGUGGAGUUACAUCAUUUGGUUUAGAUUGCGGCAAAAUAGCUGGAGUUUAUACACGUCUAACAAAAGUAUAUCUGGAUUGGAUAAGAAGAACAGCUGUUUCUUAAAGAAUGCAAAAGUGUGUUGCUGAUGAUUUCAUCUAUAAUUUCUUUGAAUAUAACUCAAUUCUAACUACCUUUUUAUAUGUAAACCAUGAAUCAUGAAGCACACAUUGAAAUAAUAAACCACUAUAACUGUCAUGUAUAACCCGACAA